AUGUGCUUGAUUGGGAACUUGCGUGACCGCGAAGGUGCCCACUUCAAGUUGUUUCUUACACCGAUGGCGGGGUUUGGACAUGCAACUCUCGAGACUCAUUUCUCCUUUGAACCAGGCUAUGUGAAUCUAAAUCAUGGAUCAUUUGGCUCUCUACCGCGCCCUGUCGCUGAGGCAUGUAGUGCUCUCGAACGACAGAGUGCAGCGAAUCCAGACCGUUGGUUUCGUGCUUUCUACCGGCCAGCGCUUUGUGAUGUCCGGCGACGACUGGCGGAAAUGAUUGGUGUCGAAACAGAAGAGUGUGUAUUGCUGCACAAUGCUUCUCAUGCUAUCUCGACAGUAUUGUGGAAUAUCCAAUGGAAAACGGGCGACGUCAUUGUCCUGCUAAACACCACUUACAACUCAGUCGUCAGUACGGCGGAAUAUUUGACUGACCGACCCACGGGUUUCGCUCCCAUAAUCUCCACUCUUACGCUCGGCCCAUUCCCCACUACCCCAACGGCACUGCUAACUCAAUUUCGAAACCAUCUUCGGAGUAUUUCACGAGUUUCGCCUACUCAACGCAUAGUUGCAGUAAUUGACAGUAUCACUUCCCUCCCGGCCCUGCUCUUGCCGUGGCAGGAAAUGGUGGCUAUCUGCAGAGACGAAGGUGUGCUCAGCGUAGUCGACGCAGCACACAGCAUUGGGCAGGAGAUGGAUCUCAACCUGACGGUGGUUGGACCCGACUUUUGGACUUCUAACUGUCAUAAAUGGCUUUUUGCCAAACAAUCUUGCGCAGUGCUAUAUGUUCCUCGACGCAACCAGCACAUGAUUCAAUCAAGCUUUCCUACGUCCGCUUCCUACAUCCCCACCAGCCGCCGCUCGAGCGGUGGAUUCACCAAUCUCGUAGAACAAUUUGAAUGGAAUUCGACAGUGGACUUUGUCCCAUUCCUCAGUGUCGCCGCAGCACUUGACUUUAGACAGUCGAUUGGCGGAGAACAGCGGAUUAAUGACUAUUGUCGCAGACUUGCAAAGACGGGGAAAGAACGGCUGGCGGACAUUCUAGGGACCGGUGACAAGACCUUGAGUGAGGAUGGCGCAAUGGAGUUGAACAUGGUCAAUGUUGCGCUGCCCAUUCCCCCCAUUCUCGCCCAUUCUGAAUAUGAGUCGGCGAUCUUGGCCGCUACAACCACCAAGCUGCUCGACGCCAGUGUUUUCGUGAAGAUUUUCCUUUUCCAGGACGUGUGGUGGGCAAGAGUGAGUGCACAAAUCUUCAACGAGAUUUCGGACUUUGAGAAGGUCCACUAUAAGUGGCACCCACGCUCUUUUAAUCCUGUCCUCUCUCUCGGAGUCGACCGCCAAAAGGACCGUCACCGAACCGGUCAGCCUCAGGCUCAGUCUCCCCGACCACGUCGUGCUGCACCUGCAAAGCGCGAUUUGUUGCUCACGGCUAUCAGCAACUCAGUAUCGGGCUCUUUCCACUCAUCUGAGCUACUCAACACGGGAAUGCCAAACAGUCCUGCACCUUCUACCUCACUUCCGGGUGGCAACUCGCAGAACAGCAAUAACAACAUCAUUCCGACGGGCCGCACCUCCUCGUUCCAGUUCUCAUCCCACGGCAGCGAAAAUCUAUACGCGGAUGUCACCGAACUUCGCAAAGCCGUCUCCGUCGAACUCUCUGGGACUUGGGUCUUCGAAGAGGCCUCCCAGGAGAACCCGUUGCAUCAACGUCUCUGCGACAAGCUUGAUGCCACCCACCCAGAGUUGCAUGAAAAGGUGAAGGAUUGGCUUCACAAAUACAGGGGUUACAACAACAAAACGAAGGAAUGGAAGGCAAUUCCACAAGACCAGUCGUCAGAGAAAGCUCUCUACGAACCAAUAAGACAAAUCAUCGACGACAUCGUCGUUAGAUUUCAAAACGACAAAUCGAAGGCGAAAGUCCGAAACAGGAAGCCGAAGCUCACUCGCAAAGUCAUCAUCACCGCCAACGAAAAAUUCAAGCACCACAUCAGUGAUGGCGUGAUCCCCACCUCAAUCAAGUCGUGUUUCGACAUUGGCAUUUUCGGGACUGGACCUUCAGCCGCCUCCGAGCUCGAACUUCCGGAGCCGCCGUCCUAUGAAGAUGUGGCGACGCCGGUAGAAAUAAAAAAGGAUGAUGGUGACGUCCUGGAGGUUGCCAAAUCGCCUGACGUUCAGGAGCAAAUCGCCGUCUAUGCUCGCGAGGUGCUUGUUCAGCAACCGAACCGCAACUUCGUGCGACUUCCCCUCAUGUCUGGGAAAUACAUGCGCGUUGCCCACUUUGACAGGGCGGGGGCCCAUGUCUCGCCUGCGUUCAACUACCACGAGGACGCCAUUACCUUCGUCAAACUCAUCUGGCUGUUCAGCUCACUCGACGAGGCGGAAGUCGGUUACGACACCUCUAUUUACUGGGAGAAUGGUACUCGCUAUAUCGAAGUCACUUCUCCCUCUGUCUGGGAUCCAACUACCCAGUGCUGGAUUGCUUCCCUUGGCCCACCGAGGAAGUUGAAGAUCGUGCCACUGGAAGGCGAACUGCGUCCGCUUGAUCCCGUCUUUUUCCGACGCGCUAUUCGCUCGAGGGGCACAAAGUGCUGGCUGGUGGAAGGGCCCAACGGGGAGCGGUUCUACCUCAAGGACUAUUGGAUGGGGGCAGAACGCACUCCCGAGUCUGACCUCCUCCAAAGGGUCGCUGGUAUCUUCGGCGUUGGCCAAAUGCAUCUUUGGCAGAACAACAUCGCGACCAUUUACGCCCAACGUUGCCAUCAACCUGACGAGCAGAUAUUCGCGACUUACGUGACUGGCCGGCUUGUGGGGAACCGUGCUCUGAUGCGGAUCGUCCUCGACCGCUACGUGGGGACUUUCGAGGAAGCGGAAACCGCUCUCGAGCUUCUUGAGGCCACGCGUGAUGUUGUUUGUGGUCAUAGGGACGCUUUCAUCGAGAAAAGAGUCCUCCAUGGCGACAUCAGCUUCAACAACCUUCUCCUCACCGAAAACGCUCGGGCUGAAAAUCCGAGCCCCGACAAGCCGAAGGGCGUUCUGAUUGACUUCGACAUGGCCCGGCAUGUGUUGGCGAACGAAGAAGGACUGUUUACCGAUGGAAUGACGGGCACUCGCGCUUUCCAAUCUGUCAAGCUCUUGUUGAAUGACCCGCUCCUUGGACCCCACGACAACAUGGACGAUCUGGAAUCCGUGUUCUAUGCGCUCUGCUAUGUUUGCCUUGGCCACAACUGUGUCGGGAACAUGUUGCACCAGUUACCAAAGCCCAUUCAGCAAUGGACAACCACCACAGAAGGGUCAACGCUCGCGGACUUGAAGAAGAGCUUCCUGAAAGAUCCCCUUACCUUCGGUGUGCAGCGAUUCGAUGGCGACGAGCGCAAGAUUAUGCGAGAAUGUCUAAACGACAUGCGCCGAUUUUUCUUGCCUCGCAUUGAAGCCUUGGCCUCGAUUCUCGAAGAACAAGCUAUCAAUCUCGAGUCAGACGAGCCAGCCCCCGAGCCAUUGAGUCAUACAUUUGCCGAGGCCCGCGCCGAGUACCAGGAAUUCAUUUCCCUCAUCGACGCGUCGCUCGAUAAAUUGCGGGCACUUCCGCCAAAACCCGCUAGUACUCCAUCUAGUCCGGGCAAACGACGCCAUUCGGAGGAGGAAGAGACCCCUCCCUCCUCCGAGUCGACGUCUCCCUCGAGUCUCAAGCGUCAAAGACAGGUGGCUAACCGUCAACCAUUGGCGCAACCCAGGUUUCGCACUCGAGAACGGAAUUAG